GCUGCUACCUUCAUUGAACACCAAGGAGUUGAUAUUGAUGUCAAUGAUUUGUCUAAUCUCCCCAAACCGUCGAGUGAACCAAGACUGAUGUCAUAUCCCGAGAUCAAGAAAUGUCUCGACACUGCAUCCAGCCGUCUCGUCAUCGUCAAAGACUUCGGCGUCGCUGUCGAUGGUUUCUACCAAUACCUCCCCUCAGUCGAAUCCGGCUACAAGUACAUCUUCUUAAUCCGCGAUCCCCUUCUCGUCGCGAUGUCGUAUCGUCGAUCGGUGGUUGCUUUCAACAAGAAGCACCAUGGCCUCGUGGACGACAGCACUUUCGAUCUAUCAGCGGAAAAGUUCUACCCUGGAGGGGGCGAGGCGUUUCGAAGACUGCACGAGUUUUGGCUCUACGUACGCGCGAACAUCGACCCUAAUCCACUCAUCAUAGAAACAGAUGAUCUCAUUGCGCAUCCCGAGGCGUGCGUCAGGAAAAUCUGUGAAGCGAGCGGAUUGGAAUACCGCGACGCGCUUCUCAAAUGGGAACCUGCAACAUCAAGCAAGGAUUGGAUGAAGUUUGCCAAUACAUCGAUGGGUGGACUGGUAAGGAGUGGGUUUCUAUCUGACUUCCAUACAGGGGCGAUGAAGAGUACGGGAUUUACACCAUCUGCAUCAAGAAGGAAGCCUGAUGAGUCGGAGAUGACACCUGAUGUACUGGGAAUCGUAGAGAAGGGAAUGAAGUACUACAAAGAAAUGUAUGAACAUAGAUUUAUACCAGAUGUGUGAACGGGCGUUUAAUUGUAAUGCUUUACAUGUAUUUUAUCUGUAUUGAUAUUCAUCAGAUACCCAUCCUAUAUUAUUGUCCUCUCCCAGACACUAAUUGGGUCUCUGAAUAUCUCUCACUCUCAGUCUCUGCCUGUCUGUCUCUCUGUUUUAGUUAUACUUUUACUUCUUCUUCAUUUCUCUUUUGCCUUUCUCACUGCUUAAUUGCAUCUCCCCGUGGCUCUUCUCUCUAUUUUUGUGUUGCUCUCU